UUGAAGGAUGACAUCGAUACUUUCACUGCGGACAAAGUAAUAGUGAAGAACGGUAAGAGUUACGAUUGUGACGUGCUUAUCACAUGCACUGGGUACACCUUUGGUUUCCCUUACCUGGACAAGAACAUCAUAAGCAUCGAGCAUCACGAAGUGCCGCUCUACAAAUUCGUUUUUCCACCCAACAAUACAAAUUUAGCCGUGAUUGGAAUGAUUCAACCAAUUGGGAGUAUCAUCCCCAUCUCUGAAAUUCAGGCUCGCUGGGUAACGCAAGUGUUUGUCGACAAGCUCAAACUUCCCUCUAAGGAUGAGAUGUGGAAAGACAUCACUUUGAAGAGGCAAGCGAUGAAGAGAAGAUAUUUCCAGAGUGAGAAACAUACGAUACAGGUGGAUUAUGUGAAAUACAUGGACGAAAUCGCUUCGUUCGUUGGCUGUAAACCAGAUCUUCGAAAGCUUAUGUUCUCCGAUCCAAAAUUUGCUUUACGCCUCUUCAUGGGAGCCAAUGUACCCUAUGUUUAUCGACUUGUGGGACCAAACAAAUGGGAUGGCGCUGAGGAUGCGAUACGUUCCGUACCGUAUCGAGUGAAGAAGCCUCUGAAAGCUCGAGAAUGCAGAAUGCGAAGACAUAAACGACGUGGACUUACUGACGAGUACUUCCGCUAUGCUAGUAUGAAAUGGAUUGCUGGCUGGUCUUCUGUGAUCUUUAUGGUUGGACUCAUUGCUUUUUGCUCCUGGAAGUGCUGGAAUGUCAAUCUUCGCUUAUUGUUCCUAUGUUGCCAUAUUUUUUGUGAUUUUCUCGUUUAUGCUGCUGUGGUUUGA